AUGGCCGCUUCCGUUGCGCUGAGCACGUUUGGAGCUGCAAAUGGAAAUUGUCUGACUGGAGCGCGACUGACCUUAGCUGGCGCUAGAAAUGGACAUCUGCCGCGGAUGCUUGCUUAUUUGAGCAUUACUGAGCGACUGCCGAUUCUCUCGGUGAUUUUUAACUCAGCUCUUUCAAUAAUUCUCCUCAUUCCAGAAAACUCGAAUUUCUUAACCCUUGUAAACUUUACGGGCUUCACGAUCUGGAUAUUCUACGGAAUGGCGUUCGCCGCAGUUUUGAUUCUACGAUGGAAAUGUCCCGAUAUUCGCCGCCGGUACAAAAUACUUCCGAUUCUUUGCGCUCUUGUUGCGCUUUUUAUGACCAUAGCACCGAUCGUCGCCAGUCCGGAAAUCGAGUAUUUAGUGGUGUGCGGAAUCAUUGCUGCCGGCUUGCUAAUUUACAUUCCCUUACGGCUGGAAUUCUCGUUUUCGCUGGGAGUACGUGCAAUUAACUGGAUAGAAAAGCAAUUACAGCUUCUGCUCGAGGUAGCACCAUACGAAAAGCUAGCCAGCGAGUAA